UCGAUCGCAAUGUGUGCAAGAAAACGUGUUCAAGUCUUGUUCGGAGUGAAAAGGAAUAUUACCACAAUUGUAUAAUAUGCUCUACUGACUGUUAUAUCUCCUUAGGUGACCAAAAUUUUUCCGCAACUCAUCAAUAUAUUUCUGUUGUGAGACUUAAUCGAUUGCAGGUCGACCUGACACCACAAGCAGCAGCAGUUCACGAGUUGACGCAUGGACCAGCCAUCGUUCCCCUCGCACAUAUUUGAGGGAAGCAUUCAAGGAUCGAACUGGCGGCUUCGUGAUAAAAAAUGUCGUCCAAAACAAUAACAAAGAAGAUAAUCAACAGUCCAGAGUCCUGUGUGGACGACAAUCUACGCGGCGUUAUCGCCUUGUACCCUAACUUGAAGUUACACCCUAAGCACAGAGUGGUCACCAUACGACAGGACACAGACUCUGGAAGAGUGGCGAUUAUUGGUGGAGGCGGGUCGGGGCACGAGCCAUUUGCAUCAGGAUUUAUUGGAGCUGGUAUGCUGGAUGGAGCGGUGGCAGGAGGUGUGUUUGCUUCUCCUCCGACUGGAAAUAUCCUGUACGCGAUCAAACAACUGUUCAAAUACAAUUCAGGCGGAGUACUAGUGUUAUUGGGUAACUACACAGGUGACAGGCUGAACUUCGGCAAAGCUAUAGAGAAAGCGAAAAUAGCUGGAAUAAAGGCGGAAAGUCUCAUCAUCGGCGAGGAUGUUGCAUCGAGCAAGAAUAAAACAGGGGGCAGAAGUAUGUGUGGUGAAGUGUUAAUUUACAAGUUUUGUGGCGCGAUGUCCGCAAAAGGCUACGAUUUACAAAGUAUUCGCAACAUGGCGGUCGAGAUCAACAGGAAUAUGGCAACACUCGGAAUCACGUUAACAGCUUGUUCUUUACCAGGGCAACCACCUCUUUUCGAGAUAGCAACAGAUGAAAUGGAAAUUGGCGCAGGAGUUCACGGGGAGGCUGGUAUUGAGAAACGGAAAAUGGGAACCGCGAAACAAAUUGUAGCCUUAACUCUAGAUCCGAUCAUAGGACAUUUAAAACUGAAAUCCGGCGAUCGUGUGGCAGCCGUGCUAAACAAUAUGGGCGGGACAUCGUGCAUGGAAAUGAACAUUAUUGCCGCUGAGACUAAGGAUUAUUUAGACGCGAAACAAAUCAGAUUAGAGCGAAUGUACUCUGGUGCUCUCAAAACCUCGCUGGAGAUGCAGGGCUUCCAGAUAUGUCUGCUGCACCUCAACGACGUUAACGGAAAUUUAUGGCUGGAAUUGUUGGAUGCACCUACCGAGUCCAUUGGGUGGACCGGAGGGAGCAUGUCUGUUCCAAAGAAGACGACCAAGCAGAUACACGAUGAUAUUGAUGAUUUAUCAUUGCAGAACACUGGAAGAAAGGCAGGUGUAGGACCCAGGCUGACGAAACAAGAGCAAGAUAUAGCUCGAGGAAGUCUAAAGGCCGCGGCGGAUGCAGUGAUCAGGUCUGAAGAACUCCUCAACAGGCUUGAUUCAGGUUGCGGUGAUGGUGACUGUGGGAUUACUCUCAAGAAGUUUGGAGAAGCAAUACUGACGUAUUUAAAGACAGCGUCGUUGGAAUAUCCUUCGGACGUGAUGUGGGAGCUGUCGGAAAUGGCUGAAACGGACAUGGGUGGGACGUCAGGGGGAAUUUACAGUCUAGGACUGUCGGCUGCUUCGCAAGCUUUGGCUAAUGCCACAAGUAACAGCAGGAAUUCUUGGUUAUCGGCGUGGGAGAGUGCAAUGCAGGCAAUCACGAAAUAUGGAGGAGCAGACCCAGGCGACAGAACUAUGCUGGACACAUUGCACACAGCGAGUGUAACAUUUAAACAGACUCUGACCGAGGACUUGCAGAGCGCCCUAACAAAAACAGCUCAAUCGGCCGAUAUUGGUGCCAAAGCCACCGCCAACAUGAUUGCACGAGCUGGCCGUGCCUCGUACGUGGCUAGCGAGUACAUUCAGGAAGAAGAUGCCGGGGCGCGCGCAGCAGCCCUGUGGAUCUCUGCUAUUGUUCAACAUAUCGCUCAAACUUAUUAAAGUGUAUUAACGUUAUUAAAAUAUUUUUCUGUUCA